AUCAGCGAAACGUUUUACCUUUUGCGGCAGUCGCUUUGUUAAUAACGCCGAGGCAAGAUCGAACGCUACUGAUUUUCGAUAUUUUUCUUAUUGUCACAAAUAUUAUCGGUUUUAUCAAUUAAUGGACGUUAUUUAUGCGAAUUUCGAGAUAAUGUGCAGAUACAUAAAAUAAUAAAUACGCGAAUCGAUAAUGUUCUAAAUUGAACGCGAAAGAAAACUUAAAAAGAGUGAAAAAUGUCUGGCAUCCAAAGAAGAAAAACUUGGUAUCACAAAGGCGAGGCUGGCAUAAAGUUGGACACAUGGUUCGGUCGGCCGAAAAAGGCCGGUCGUGGGAGUGGAACGCGUGGCCAUUCGGGCAGCAACACCAUGCCCAGGCCGCACUCCGGCGAUGACAUCAAUGAGAUCGAACAACAGCGUUGCAUCAUCGAGAGAAUGGAUGAGGAGACGGUGAAUGACAGAUUCGAAGAAAUGCUGGCCAAUAUGAAUCUAACGGAGGAGAAGAAAGAACCCUUGCGCCAGCAAUCGGAGUCGAAGAAGAAGGAGAUGUUGGUAUUGCACUACAAAGGCAGUAUACAGGACAACCGAUCAAAAUUCGACAAACCGGCAGAUUAUAUACAAUAUCUGGCGCAACCCGAUUUAAGUGUCAACAAGAUCUACAGUUGCAUCGAGUCUCUCAGGAUCGCGCUCACCAAUAAUCCGCUUAGCUGGGUGCAAGAAUUUGGCACCAAGGGACUCAAACAAGUCCUAGCUACUCUCAAUGAAUGUUAUCGAAAUGCCUUCAUAUAUUAUGAUAGUGACAACCGAUACGAACGAAUACAAUAUGAAUGUAUUCGUUGUUUAAAGGCUAUCAUGAACAAUACUGUUGGUAUAAAGGAAAUGUUGGCCCAUCACGAAGCUCUUACUAUCGUAGCCAGAUCAUUGGAACCAACGAAACCAAACGUAAUGUCCGAGGCUGUAAAGUUACUCGGCGCGGUGUGCUUAAUAUCGAGCGAUAGUCACAAAAAAGUUUUAGAUGCAAUUACUAUGAAUGGCGAAUUCAAAAGUCGGGAAAGGUUUUUUCCGAUCGUACAGGGGCUGAUGAAUAAAAAGAAUGAAAAUUUAAGGGUAGUGUGCCUUCAACUCAUAAACUCGAUUAUAUCAUCCGCAGAGGAUCUAGAUUUUCGCUUACACCUCAGAAAUGAGGUAAUGCGAGUCGGUUUAGCUGACAUUCUCGAAAUGUUAGAGAAAGACGAGUCGGAAGAUUUGGCGACGCAUUUAAAAAUUUUUAAUGACCAUAAAGAAGAAGAUUAUGAAGAAUUUGUACAGAGAUUUGACAACGUACGUUUAGAAUUAGACGAUGUUAAUGACUGUUUCGAAGUAGUCAAAAAUAUGGUAAUGGAUACUACCGCAGAGCCAUAUUUUCUAUCCAUACUUCAACACCUUUUAUUUAUCCGAGAUGAUGUUCUAGUUCGAACGGCGUAUUAUAAAUUGAUCGAGGAAUGUAUAUCGCAAAUUGUAUUACAUCGUUCAGGCUGUGAUCCAGAUUUCAGCGCAACAAAGCGCUUUCAGAUUGACGUACAACCGUUGAUCGAUACCCUAGUCGAAAAAUCACGUGCUGAAGAGGAACGCCGGUUGGUAGAAGUAACGCAAAAAUUAGAAGAAGCUAUAGCUAGUAGACAAGAGGCCGAAGCGAAGCUUCAGCAUGCGGAAAAUAAGAUCAAAGAAUUGGAACAGGGAACGGCGAAGUCUGGUGGCUCUAGGAUUGCUGUAUGUCCACCUCCACCACCUAUGUCCGGCAUAGUUGAAUCACAGCCGCCGCCGCCACCUCCUCCUUUUCCUGGUAGUGCUGGUCCACCUCCACCUCCACCGCCAAUGCCCGGAACAUGUCCAGUUCCACCACCUAUGUCCGGCUUAAAAGUACCUUUACCUCCACCUAUGUCUGGAAUGGGAGGAGUACCUCCGCCACCAUCUAUGCCAGGGAUGGGUCCCUUACCGCCACCAAUGGGGGUAUUAUCUCCACUGACUUCAACACAAGUUUUGCCUCAUGGAUUAAAACCGAAAAAGAAGUGGGAAAUAGAUGGACCAUUAAAAAGGGCGAACUGGAAGGCGAUUAUGCCUCACAAACUAACAGAAAAGUCAUUCUGGAUGAAAGUACAAGAAGACAGAUUAGCUAGUCCAGAAAUAUUGGAUGGUCUCGCGCAAAAAUUUGCAUCAAAACCAAGUGGGAAGAGAAUGGACGAUGUUGUUGAUAAGUCAGCUCCGAUGAAGAAAAUAAAAGAUCUCAAAGUUUUGGAUAGUAGAGCGGCUCAAAAUAUAUCGAUACUUCUCGGUGGCACACUGAAGCAUAUGCCUUACGUAGAAGUAAAAAGGUGUUUAUUUAGAUGCGAGGGACCAGUUAUUUCUGAUAAUAUAUUACAAGGAUUAAUUCAAUAUUUACCAGAACCGAAGCAAUUGUUGAAGCUGGAGCAAUACAAAAAUCAGUACAAUGACUUGACUGAAGCGGAACAAUUUUGUGUUACGAUAUCGACGAUAAAAAGAUUACAGCCCAGAUUAAGGUCAUUAAGCUUCAUGUUGCGAUACGAAGAGUUGGUACAAGAUGUGAAACCAGAUAUAGUAGCAGCUACAGCAGCAUGUGAAGAAGUGAAGAAUAGCAAAAAGUUUGCACGGAUACUUGAAUUAAUAUUGUUACUCGGCAAUUAUAUGAAUUCCGGUUCUAAAAAUGGCCAAGCAUUUGGAUUUGAAAUUAGUUUCCUUACAAAGUUAACUAGUACUAAAGAUAUCGAUAACAAACAAACUCUUAUGCAUUAUCUUGUGGACACGAUAGAGAGAAAAUUCCCGGAAUGUCUCAACUUCAUUGAAGAAUUAGCACACGUAGAUCGUGCUAGCAGAAUAUCUAUGGAGACUAUUAAGCGGACAUUAGAUCAAAUGGCAGCCAAUAUUCGUGAUCUCGAGAAAGAUCUUUCGAACGCCAAAGUUCCACAAUGUGAUGAGGACUUUUUUAUAGAUGUUAUGACACCAUUCGCUAAGAAAGCCAGGGAAUCCUAUGAGGUCUUGCAGAACAUGUUUAAAAAUACGGAUGCCUUAUACACGGACAUCUCCGAAUUCUUUGCCUUCGACAAAAAAAAGUACACUAUAGAGGAAUUCUUCGGCGAUAUCAAGACGUUUAAAGAUGAUUUCUUGCAAUCGCAGAAGGAGAUAGUGAAACUGAAAGAAGGCGAGGAGAAGCAGAGACGGGCGAGAGAAGCGCGCGAGAAAGCGGAAGCGGAAAAGGCAGCGCGAGCCGCGCGCAAACGUGCAUUAGUCGAUAUGAAUGCACACGAGACCCAGGAAGGUGUUAUGGAUAGUCUGAUGGAAGCUCUGCAGACUGGAUCGGCCUUCAGUCGACCGGAUCAACGACGCAAGCGGCAGACGCGCGUAGCUGGUGCAGAAAGGAGAGCGCAAUUAAAUAGGAGUCGAUCUCGUACCGGAUUAGUCGGAUCUGGUUUACUAGGGAGAGAACUUUCGACAGAGCUUUUAAGUUCGGCAUAACAUAUUGGAAAGUAUCCCGUUUCCGUCCUAAUUCGUUGCUGUGAUUUUACAUCUCGUAUAUCGUUGGAACAACAAAUGGAAACUACCAUGUGGCACGACAAAUCGAUAUCACAGAGAGGAAAAUGAAGAGCAAAACUCCACGUCUUAAUGAGCCUCGUAAAUCGAAUUUUUGCAUUUGCGAAAUUUCGUAUUAAGUUCGAAUCGCGAGUGUAACAAACAUUCGCGAGUGUGUCUUCCUUAUGUAUAUAUUUAAACAUUCGUAUAUAAGUAUAUUGUACAAAGAUAUAAUUAACGCAUUUUUAUAUGACGUAGCGAUACUUGCGUCAAUACUCGAUAAAAAGAAAGUGCACAAGGAUUUAGCUUAAAGAAACUGUAUAAAAUUUAUAUAUAUAUACAUAUAUUUAGCGCCAAUAAAAACGCACUUGUAAAUACAUGGCGACAUGUUGGCAAUGUGUUAAAAUUGCUUGUCAACACAAUGUACACUUUCUUAUCGAAAUUUUAGCAUUUUUUACUACUACCGUUUCGACGAAUCGGGCGAUAGAUUUGCAUUUAUUUAUGUAUAUUGCGCUGUAAAUAUAUAUAUAUUUCUCAUCUCAAGAGUUCCGCGAUUCGAAAUUAUUACGAUACUACGAGAUGCAUUUGUAUAAAGAUUAUUUCGUUCGUAGGGAAUUCCUCUUUUACUACAGAAAGUAGUAAUGUAACAAAAAAAUAUCUUUUUUUUAGCGUAACAAUAUUUUGCAUGCCAUUGGAAAUUAUUGCAUGACACGAGAAGGAGGUUCAUAAUUAUCGUUUAUUUCAACAUGAAAUGAAAACGUUAAUGAUGAUUGUCUAUAAUUACUCCUUUGCAAACCUUAUAAAAUGAUCGUAAAGCAUAAUUUGACGUUUGCGCCAUUCGCAAUAUUUUGCUCAUAUAAUUUCUUAGUAUAAAAAUAUUUUCUAUAAUAAUAUAUAUUCGAAAUAUUUUGCUAUAUAAAAAAAGAUUUAUACACUGAAUUGACAUACAAUUCUGCGACAUAUUUUAAUAAUAUUUUUUACUUAUCUUUAAAAAAAGAACAGUUAUAUUUGCAUUUUUUUAUAAUGCAAAUACUUCGCUACUAAUAUGUCAGUGUUAAUCUACAAACAAAAAAAUUACUUUUAAGAGAAAUAGCUAAUUCAACGCAACAUUUGCAUUUUGUGACAAUUAAUGAGCUUGGUAACAGGUUCACGAUAUUUAAGUCGUUACUUUCGAUAGCGGUGAAAGAAACUCAGGGAGUGAGAGAGGGAGACAUAGGGAAAUCUUGGAAAACGGAUAUGUGAACAUUACGGAUCCAAUUAUGGUAACACGCGAUACAAUAUACAUUUAUAUUGUUUAUUAUCACAUUUAUAAUAUGGAUAAAAAAUAUAGUAAUAUCGAAUUAAAGUGGAAUUAAUGCAAAAAAAACGUAAAAGAACCGCACAAAUUUCAAUUCACUUUUUACAUACACUUUGGAUUCGCAAUGUUGAUAAAAAACCGAUUACUCGCUUCGACGACAGGUGAUGAGUAUUCGAAUGGAUUAAUCCGUAUUUUAACAUCACAUGUAAAGUGCAUGUAAAAAAUAAUUCCAAAUACAAUAUAGAAGAUGAAGAUAAUAUUAAAAAAAAAAUCUUACUACUCGAGUAAGAGCGACGUUUAGUUAAUGUAAUCGCAUCUCGUUUAGCUAGUUAAUUAACAAGUAACUGCGUGCCACGUGGUGGGGCGGCUAUGCGAGGCACGUUCGAAAUGUCUAGCGAAAGGCGACGUAACGAGCCGGUUCUCGAAGCCGCAAAAAAUCACGGAAGUAUCUCCACGACGUCGCAUUCUCUGUGCGGCGCGAUUUUCGAACCCGUUUUCCACGUGCGCACAUUAUUUGUACGUUAUUAGCGACAAAACGCGAAGUGUUACGCGGACCAUCUUAUACAUGUAUAUUUCAAUACGGCUUUUGUAUAUUGUAUAUAUCGAUAUUCACGAAAAGAAGAGAAAGCGCGCGCGUCAGUCGUAUUUCUUCGAUUAUAUGUGUUUGUUACAAAAUACGACGGAAAUCGAAAUUACAUUGCCUAUAGAUCGAAUCUCGUAAUGAACGAAUUCUUUGUUAAUAUUGUAGUUGAAUACUUAAUUUAAAAGAAUUUAAAUUAAGUAUUCAUCUGUAUCUAUACUGAUAUGAAUACGCGGAUUUAGUUGAUAUACUAAAUAUUAUUAUUAUUAUCUAUUGUAUAUAUCUGUUAUUUCUCAGCAUUCUUUAGCAUCGUGUCAUCGCAAAGUAUUCACUGUUUUAACAUAUCUGAUGAGAAUAGAAAUUGUUGAUACAUUAUGUCAUACAUUGCAUUCGUAAAUUUAUAGGUGCUUUCAAUCUGAAUCUAAAUCUUAUUUACAGUGAUAAUGAAACAUUUCCGUUUUUUACAGGGAUAAAACGUAGAAAUUGUAUAUUUUUUUAAAUGAUACUUAUUCUAAACAUUUACUUUCAAACACGUCAUGUCUAAUAAUUCAUGAAUAACAUAAUAUCUGAAUGUAAUUAAAUAGGCAUAAAAUGCGGCUGAUUGUAAAAAUAUGAAUAUGAUCAUGAGAAUGCAAAAAGUAAAUGAAAAUAACAAGCACAUAACGAAAGAAA